AUGGUGGCAGGCGACUUUAUCGAGCUCGAGGCGCAUUACAAUGGCGUGUACAUCUUCCUGAGCUACCUCGUCUCGUUCGUCGGCGCAUGGACGACGCUCGAAAUGCUCCUGAAGCGUACGGGCACGAGGGGGUGGUGGAACGUCAUGCUCCUCUUGGGCGCAGGUAUCGCCUUUGGCUCGACUGCGACGUUCGGCAUGCACUUUGUUGGCAACCAAGCCGUCACCUUGCACUUUCCUCCGCCCUGGCAAGGCGCGGGCGUGCCCCUCUCGUACAACGCCGGUUUCACCAUCCUCUCGCUCAUCGUCUCGUGCAUCUCGAUGAUCAUCGCCUUCUCUUUCAUCGGUCUCCGCUUCGACGUUCCAGGGUGGCGAUCGCGCAUGGCCGACGUCGAGCAGGCCUCGUCGCCCGAGAAGAGCGAGGACACCGCGUACGAGGACGAGUACGGCACGGACAACCUCGACAAGAAGGACGCCGACUUUGCGACAGGCGCAGCUUUCGACCCGGAUGUCAAGGCCGACUCGCCUGCGGAUGGCCGCCAGACCCGCUUCAACGUCCCGCCCGGCCGCAAGAUGUCGCUCUCGUCGACAUUCGACAUCGCGCUGCCGAAGCGGCACCACAAGGUCGCCGAGGAGAAGAAGCGCGCGGCCGAGGACGAGGACGAGGAGACGGAGGAUGGAGGCGACUUUGGCGUCGGCGGCGUUCGCCUGUCCGGCUCAGGUGUCGCCAAGAUCCUCCUCGCCGGCAUCGUCUGCGGCGGAGGCAUCGCAGCGAUGCACUACGUCGGACAGGUCUCGAUCGACUCGGUUCCUCUCGUUACCAACUCGUGGUACAUGGUCUUCCUCUCGGUCCUCAUCGCCAUGCUUUGCGUCACCGUCGGCCUCUACAUCCUCUUCGUCAUCUUCCGCCCCAAGCUUCAGCACAGCUGGUACAAGCGCAUCAUCGUCGCCGGCAUUCUCGCUGUCGGCGUUACCCUCAUGCACUUUGUCGCCCUCCUCGGCACGCACUACUGGGCGCGACAGGGUGAGGCGCUCAAGGCCGGCUCGGACAACACGACCAAGAUGAUCAUUAUCGCCAUAAUCUGCGUUGUCGCGCCGAUUUGCUGCAUCCUUCUCCUCGUCUUCGCCUACUUCGGCCAGCUCCGCCUCCUCCGCCAACGCGCCUCACGCCAUCGCGUCAUCCUCAGCACCGCCAUCUUUGACCAAAACGGCCUCCUCCUCGUCCACCCCGAGUCCGGCCUCCUCCCGUCUGCACGCAUCUACCCGAACAAGCCGGGCGAGCAAGAAAAAGUCAGCCUCUUCCAGCUCCUCGGCGACGGCAACCGUCUCCGUCUUGAGGCGAGCAAGCUCAAACUCCAGCGGUCCGACCCGGCCUUCGUCGCCUUCGUCAAGAUGUCGUGGAGCUGGCGCUCGCAGCGAGGGUCUGCUGCUCCCGGCACGCACGGCGGCAGCUCGUCUGGCGACGGCUCGCAGGGCGAGCGUGCGGCGGACGAAGAUUCGGGCCCGAGUAUGCGGCUGAGCGAGGCGGAGGAGAUGACCGGUUCCGAGGCAGAGAUGCUCCGUCGGAGCGUUCUCAGCUUUGAGAUGGCCGGCGAGGAGAUCGCAAGCGAGGUGACGGGUACGCCGGACCUCAAGGCGCUCGGCGUGCUGUACGACAGCAUCCUGAAGAUCGGCCACUACCAAGUGUCGAGCAAGUCUUCCGGCGACCAGUUCACCGUGACCCAGGGCCAGAUGCUCGUCCUCGCCCGCCGGCUGAAGAACAACGCCGAGCGCGAGGCUCUCGUCGCUCGCGGUUUCGUCUUCGCCGAGCCCGGCGCCGUCGCCCGCGUCACCGCCAACGCCUACGCCGUCCCUUACGACCGCGUCUUCGAAUACUUCCGGGACGUCUACCGCUUCACUCGUUUCGGCAUCGUCAAGCGACUCGAUCGCGGCCGGCUGUACGGCGGCCUCCUGAUGCUGCAGGCCCUUCCUGGCGAAGGCCUCAACAUCGUCGUCGAGGAGCGGCAGCACCACUCGUUGCCGAUGGUCGAGCUUGCGACGCUUGUCGACCCGAUGGCGGAUCGGUCUCGCUUUGCCGCGUCGAACUUGGCAGUCACGACUGUCGACAGCGUCGUCAACGCCGUUCGACAGAUUGGCGAUCAGAGCCUUCUCGAGCUCGUCAACACGCCUACCGCGACCACCGGCUACGACCCUUCGGCUCAGCUCCGCUCCCUGCUCGUUGGCACUCUCCGCCCCUACCUCGAGCGCAGUCUCGGCCUCGACGUCGUCAACCACAUCCUCCCGCGCCUCCGUAUCAUACCCACGGUCGUCCCGCUCACGGCUCGCCCCGGCUCGACGUACGGCACCGACGGUCUCGCCAAGAACGCCUACCUCGUCUGCCUCAAAGCAAUCAUCCCCUCGUCCGUCACUCUCCCCGGCGCCAAGCUCAACUGGCUGCCGUUCCCGCUGUACCAGGCGCAGGCGGAGUGCGUCGCGCGGGCAUCAGGAACCGACGCAGGGUCCGCUCGACCCAACACCGGCGGAUCGGUUGUCGAGGCGGCUCGGUUUGGGGGAAGCACCUCGGCGAGCGACAAGAGCGGCGAACGGAAGGGCAGCGUGGCGGAGAGCAGCGAGUCCGACUUUCCCUUCCCGACUGCGACCUCGGCGCCGUUCGUCUCGUCCGCCUUCCCCUCUGCUCCUUCCGCCGCCGCGCAGAAUCACCCUCUCGCUGCGAAGUCGGCAGGAGGCGCCGGCAAGCGUCUCUCGGUCUACUCGCAAGGUUCGGCGCACGACGACGACGAGGACCGGGACUCGUUCCAGCCUCUCCCUCAACCAGGCGCCUCGACUUCCGAGAUGCCUCGCGGCGUGCCCGCCUACUCGCCCGAUUGGAUCGUCGGUCUCGUACGGAGCUCGGUCAGCCAGCCGACGCGGACGCACCAGUGGGACUGGGACGUGCCCUCUCGCCCGCGAACAACGCCGCGCAAGAGCACUACGUAG